AUGCCCCAGUCGUCGCUGAGAAGCAAAGUCUCCAAGAUGUCUAGUACGAGUGCUAACACCGCCACGACGUCUGCGUCCAUGCCUCGUAUAACUUGCGUUAAGCACGCCGUAGCAGAGCGGAUUGUCGCCAAGUCCUGCACGCACGACAGCGGCAAACACACGCAGCGUCAGUUACAGAACGUGAGAGCCGCAGCUUGCAAGCGAAAGAGUUUUCCCACUAGCCAACGCGCGGGUGCUGGAGCUGCCAGCGUAUGUCCUUGCGAACCUCAGACACUGUGUCCCGGACAGCUUUUGGAAGCUGGGAGAAAGGGCCUUCGUACUUCACAAAGUGCCAACAGUCCCGUGCUCCAUUCGGGCCAACAUGAAACCACUGGCUGCAACGCAGCAGAACGAAACCUGCAUGGACUCCUGUCCAAUGGCAGACCGGGCGCCUUGGCACCCUGCAACGAGGGCACCUGCCAUACUUGGUUGCCUGCGCAAAGCGAGCAGCCACUGGACCUGACUGGUGGGUCAGUGGCACAGGUGGGUGAGGCACUUCCUGUGGCAAAGGGUCAUGAGAUGGUGGAGUCUGGAUCUCCUCCUCUGAAAAAGAGCAGAUGUCCUCCUGUGAAACAGAAGACGCAAACUCUGGCGCAGGAGCAGGCUCAGCAGUGCAGGAAGACUCUGCCACGCCUGGCGAGGACAACGGUCGCUUCACACCACGACCCGAGCUUGCAGGGACCUACGUCUACAGGACCGAGCGAAAAAAAACUAAGAAGGGCUUGA